AUGAUGCCCAGUGCCUUCACUCUCAGCCUCCCUGGGACCUUGCCAGCCUUGUGCUUCCUCGCAUCCCUCGCUCACCUCUCGGCCGGGGCUCAAGGCGGGGAACGAAAAUCGGCCGCCGGGGGGGGUCUCAGCCCGGGCAGGAGUCACGCGAGGGAUCUGAGAACUCUCAUCCUCCUGGACGUGAAUAUCAGGAGCUCGGUUCGGACGGUCAGCGAGAACUUUCUGUCAAUCCAGCUGGACCCCGCCGUGGUGCACAAUGGCUGGAUCGACUUCUUAAGCUCCAAAAGGCUGGUCACGCUGGCGCGAGGGUUGUCCCCUGCCUUUCUGUGGUUCGGUGGAAAGAGAACGGACUUUCUGCAGUUUCAAAAUCAUCGAAAUCUGGCGAAGCACCGGGGGGAACUGGGGCCGGAUUACUACCUGAAAAACUACGAAGACGACAUUGUCCGGAGUGACAUCGCCCUGGACAAACAGAAGGGCUGCAAAAUCGCCCAGCACCCGGAUAUCAUGCUGGAGUUACAGAGGGAGAAAGCUUCGCAGAUGCAGGUUGUCCUGACGAAGGAACAAUUCUCCAACACCUACAACAACAUCACAAUAACAGCCAGGUCUCUAGACAAACUCUACAACUUCGCCGAGUGCUCUGGCCUGCAUCUGAUCCUUGGCUUGAACGCCCUGCUGCGGAAUCCUGACAACUCCUGGAAUGGUUCCAGUGGCCUGAGUCUCCUCAAGUACUGUGCCGGCAAGAAGUAUAAUAUAUCCUGGGAGCUUGGGAAUGAGCCCAACAGCUACCGUACCAUGGUCGGGAAGACGAUUAACGGGAGCCAGCUGGGAAGGGACUACAUCCAGCUCAAGAACUUGCUGCAGUCUGUCCGAUUCUACACCAAAGCCAGCCUGUAUGGGCCAAACAUAGGCCGGCCAAGGCGAAAUGCGGCAGCCUUGCUGGACGGGUUCAUGAAAACAGCAGGGACGGUGGUCAGUGCAGUAACAUGGCAACACUACUACAUUGAUGACCAAACUGUGAACGUGGCUGACUUUGUGAAAACGCGUCUGUUGGACACUCUCUCGGAUCAGAUUGCCAAGGUACACAGGGUCGUGAACUCACAUGCACCAGGGAAAAAGGUGUGGCUUGGAGGGGUAGGGCCAGCAUGGGCUGGAGGGAUGACCAACCUCUCCGAUACAUAUGCAGCAGGAUUUCUGUGGUUAAAUACGUUGGGAAUGUCAGCCAAGCAGGGAAUAGAUGUCGUGAUCCGGAAUUCGUUCUUUGACCACGGAUAUAAUCACCUCGUGGAUCAGAACUUCAACCCGCUACCAGACUAUUGGCUUUCUCUCCUUUACAAACGGUUGGUGGGAACCAAAGUCCUCACUGUUCAAGUGGCAGGUCUACAGAGGAAACCUAGGCCCGGGCGAGUGAUACGGGACAAACUGAGGAUCUACGCCCACUGUACACACAUCCGCAAUCACAAUUACCUACGAGGAUCCAUUACCAUUUACAUCAUCAAUCUCCAUAGAUCAAGAAAGAAAAUAAAGCUGGCUGGAACGCUGAGGGACAAGACAGUUCACCAGUACCUGUUCCAACCUUAUGGAGUUCAGGGGUUGCAAGCAAAGUCUGUGCAGCUGAAUGGUCGGCCACUAGUAAUGGUAGACGAUGAAACAUUUCCCGAACUAAAACCAAGAACUCUACGAGCUGGAAGAAUUGUGGUGGUUCCCCCGCUUUCCAUUGGAUUCUACGUGGUGAAGAAUGCCAACGCCCCUUCUUGCAAGUUUCGGUAG